AUGUGUUUAAGUGAAAAGCCAUACGAAUCACCGACCACUUAUUAUAAUAAUAGGAAAAGUUCCAGACGCUCGGAAGUAUAUGGAGGUAGACCUAGAGAUCGAGGAGUUAGAUACAGAGGAGGAUACCCUGAAAGUGGAUACGGUGGAGGAUUCGUAUCACAUGGAUCAGGUAAGGCUUUUGGUUCUGGUUAUGGAGGUUUCGAGGCAUCGUCUUCGAGUGGAGUUGGCUUUGGAUAUAGCGGUGGUAGUGGUGUUUAUGGCUCUAAUUUCAAUGGAAGAGGUAAAACUAAAGGUCGUGGAAAUGGAGCUGGAAGAGGAGGCUACAAGGGUGGCAAUGGUACACGAAAGUUUCCUCAUGUAACUCAACGAAAGACACCAACAAGAGGAAGAGGAAUCAGUACAACUCAACAGCGUAAAAUGGGUUUGGUUAGAGAAAAUGAUUAUUAA